AUGGCGCCCGCUCUCAAUUUUCAGGUGAGUAUUAGCCUUCAUUCGAACGAUAUUGACUCUUCAGCGAACAAGCGCGCGCGCGCGCUCUCUACAGCACCCACCUCCUACCAACCACCACCUCCUUCAUUCACCACCGGAUGCUCCCCGUCCACCACCACCGAAUUCUCCCCAUUCUCCACCACUGGAUUCUCCCCACUCAAAUCGAUUCUGCAGGCCUCCCACAUCUGCCAUGCAUGCACGCCAUCACCCGAUCACAACGGCUUGCGAGUGAGUAAACGCAUGCAAAACACGGCGAUGGGUCGGCGGCGACGCAGGAGGAGGGCAGUCGUUGGGUCUCAGGGAGCACGUAUGUGGGCUAGAGCGGACGUAGGCAUACCGGGCGUGCGCUCGCAUCCCUCACGCAAACAUUCCGUGUCGUUCGUUCGCCGCUACCACAUUCCCUGCACCCAACGAGAUGACUCCACCACGUACGGCCACGCUAUCAUCGCUGUCAACGUAGCGUCACGAAUGCGCUCACGUCUACAAGGCCGGCCCACCGUCGCCAGCGGCGCCACAGCAGGAGGGCGAGGUGGGGAUCUCACGGAGCGCAUAGGUGGGCGAGAGUGGACGUAG